GCGCGGUAGACAUGUGAGAACGAGAAGCUGUUUGGGAACAUGAAGUAAAAUGUUGUCGAGCAAAUUUAAAAUCGUUUUUAUAUACUGUCGAAAUGUACAGGGUAAUAGGCACGUGGUUACGCGUUCGUUCCUUUUCUAAUGCCUUUCAGUGUUCUUUGAAGCGCCAUUAUUUCUGCAACAACAAAUCAGAGGACGCCUUAAAGACCUUUAUUGUAGACAACACAGAAAUAGUAAACAGCCGAAGUUUAACCCCAGAGAUUUCUUUAAGGCUCAUCACACCCAACUGCCGGUUUUGGACAGAGAAACCUGAACUAUGGCCUUUCACUGAUCCUUUUUGGGCAAUAUAUUGGCCAGGUGGACAAGCACUUGCUAGGUAUCUCUUAAAUAACCCAGAGGUUUCUAGAGGUAGAAGAGUUUUGGAUCUUGGUUGUGGCUGUGGAGCGUCAGCCAUUGCUGCCAAACUCACUGGAGCUUCCCAUGUGGUGGCCAACGAUGUUGAUCCAAUUGCUACUGUUGCCACCAAAAUGAACUGUGAACUGAACGGACUGGAUCCCUUGCCAUGUGUCACAGAGAAUAUGAUUGGUUCAAAGCCUUAUAACUGGGACCUCAUUCUUUUAGGAGAUAUGUUUUAUGAUGAAGUUCUGGCUGAUGACCUGCAUCAGUGGCUCCACAAAUGCAUUUGCGCACAUGGUACGCAGGUGCUUAUUGGUGACCCGGGACGAGCUCAGUUUGAGAGCCAUAACAUUAGAAAACUAUUACAUAAGGUUGCUCAGUUUGAGUUACCGGACUCGGUCAAAGAGGAGAAUUAUGGACUAACUAGUAGCACAGUGUGGUAUUACAAACCCGACCCUUAAUAUUUUCAUUUUUAUGUGUGGACAUUUAUUUGUCUUUUGG